AUGCAAGGAAUGUCUGGUCAUCCUCAAAACCAAAGCAGGAGAAUUAGAAAAUACCGUUACCAAGCUAUUUUAUCACAGCAUUUUUUCAGUAAAAAGAUACGAGCCUUCUGUCUCGGCAAAGAUUACGCUGGCGUGAUACAACAAGUCAUUAAAUUUCUCGUCAUUCUCCUUAAACAAGGUGAUAAUGCAAAUGCAUCCAAGCUCAACAAAGAACUGGUAAAGAUUUGUCGCCAUAUUAAAUUGGAGCUUCAUGACGAGUCAAAAGAAUUCUAUGAAUGCGCACUUGAAUUGAUGAAACAAAUUGGCGACCGGAAGGGUGAAGCAGUUUGUUACGCAGGCCUUGGGAAGUUGUAUAGAUCACAUAAAGAAUAUCUCGAGGCUAAAGAAUAUUACGAAAAAGCUCUUGAAAUUAGGAAGGAAAUUGGUGACAGAGUAGGAGAAGCAGCAGAUUAUGGAGCUCUAGGGACUGUGUGCUCUUAUCUUGGUGAACACUUGGAAGGCUGUUCAUUAUCUGGAGAAAGCCUUGCGAUUAGGAUUGAAUUAGGCGACAAAAGGGGUGAGGCCACAGAAUACGUGAACCGUGGAUAUGUGUUUCAUUUUCUUCAUGAAAAUGCUAAGGCUAUUGAAUUUCUUCACAAAGCACUUGAAAUCUGGAUACAACUUGGUCAUAGAAAAGAAAAGAUAGUAGCUUGUAGUGUGUUUGGAAACUGUCUUAAAUUUCAAGGCGAAUACGUCGAGAGUAAAAGAUAUCUAGACGCUUCUCUCGCACUGAGGGAAAAGAUCGGUUACAACGAUAAAGAAGAGGAAGAUUUCAGAGCAUUUGGAAUUGUGUAUCAAUCACUUGGGGAAUUAACUAAAGCCGAAGAAUUUUUCAAGAAAGUGCUCGCCAUUAAUUUGGAAGUAGGUGACCGACGAGGCGUAGCGCUAACUUACAGAAACCAAGGAGACUUACAGAAAUCUAUCGGCAAAUGUCAGAAAGCCCAGAAACUAUUUGAAAAGGCUCUUGAAAUAUCCUUUCAACUUGGAAACAGGACAGAAGAAGCCGAAAAUACCGCAAGUCUAGGGAAUUUGUGGGCUAGUGUUGGUUAA